GACAUACAUAUGUAUGUACAUAACUACAUAUUUGUGAGGCGCGUGCAAACUUUACUACUAUGUAUAGUAUAGUUUACCAUGCUUAGAAUUUUUUAUUGGUGUGUUGCUACAUCCUUCCGUGGCUUUGAAAACACAAGUUGUUGCGUUGGUCAGGCCAUGUUAUUGACCCCAGAACUUACAAAGAUUUUAUGUGAAUUUGAUAACGAAUGAUAUUUAGAAUUGGCGCCAAUAUGCGAAGCUAGACUUCGAUAAUUGCCUUAUAAAUAUAUAAGAAUAUAUAUGUGGAAAGUGCUAAAUGUAUUAUAUUUUGAAUUAGCUAACCCAUAUUGAUAAUUUUUGCAUAAUAUACAUAUUUUCUAAAAGAGGAAGUUUGACUAAGUGAUUGUUUUAGCUGACUUUAUACAACAUUUAUCGGUCAAUGCGUGGACAGUUUCAUGAAAGUAUGUGAAAAUACUUUUUAAAACAUCAAGUGAUACAGUUUUGAAUCUUGUAGAAUACAUCGAAUACAUAUAUACAAUACAUAUGGUACAUAUAUGCAACGGGCUAUCCAUGUCGAGGUUCCCUACUUUUUAAAGAACAUAGAAACUUCCACCGAACCACAAAUCACACCAAACCGUUGUGAACGUUCUUCAGGUGUAAGAGUUUCCAUUAUGAAAUGGCAAACAAUACUGAACAAAAAUAACAUGAGAGCGUGACACGAAAAAGUAUGAAUUUUGUCUCUCUUUCUAUAGAAUACGGCUUUAAACCAAAUAUGUAUGCUGUAACGAAAUGAAAUUAUUACUCGAUAAUUAACGGCGUAAAGUCCGGAAACAUUAAAUUUACCACAUACAUCACAAUAUCACAGUUCGUCAUGAACUUUGGUCAAAUGGUUUUCAGAGUACCAGUUUUAAUCAUAAUGUAUUUUAUGAUAUUUCAAAUACAAUUGAUUCGCGCUCAGCCUAGCCAACUGAAACGAUUGUCCAUUUUACCGUUCACCGGAAUAUUUGCUAGUCUACCGGAAGCAACAAAGCAAAUUUCACUAAAAGCUUUCAACCAAAAUGCAAGCACAAAAGUCAAAGCACCAAAAAGCUUUCCACAUUGUACGAAAAGCCAGCAUUUAUCAAAUCCAUGGAAAAGCUCCGAGCUGCAUCGGAAUUCUGGCACAGUGGUUGCUCAACAGCGCAAACGUCGCAGUGUAUUUCACAUCCGUUGGAACCCUAAUGAAAAAUAUGUGGUAGAGAGUCGUGAGAAACCAGCAAUAAACUCUUCAAAACUUUCGCCACAUCCACGCCUUAAGCUAUCAAAAAAUACUAAGCUUACAUUUAAUCCGAAAUUAUUUAUGUGCCAAGAUAAACAUUUGGAGAAAUGCCAGAAUAAAACUGCGAAUUUCCGUCAACACAUAAUUCACAUUUUUGAAAGAUCACUAAUUGACCUAAAAAAUGAGCCCAAUUUCUACAACGUACACUACACACCUGUAUUUGCAAGUAGUUUCGAAGAACAGUACUAUCCAUCAUCUUGCCUACUCAUGGAUGCUGGGGUUAAAAUAUUACGUCGAAGAGACCCUCCUUUUCACAACUUGGAAAUCGGAAAGCUAUUCCCUAAACAAAAAUUAUUUCGAAAAAUAAAUGACAUUAAAACAUGCGCAAUUGUAUCGAGUGCUGGAUCGCUUUCCGGUGCAAAAUUAGGAAGAUUUAUCGAUUCCCAUGAUAUAGUGAUGCGAUUUAAUGAUGCCCCCACUAUUGGAUAUGAAAUAGACGUUGGUAGCAAAACUACAAUUCGAGUAUUAAACUCUCAGGUCGUUACUAAGCCUCAAUUCAAUUUUACACACGCAUCUAUAUUUCAAAAUGUUACAAUUGCUGCCUGGGAUCCGGGAAAGUAUAACACCUCAUUAAGUGAAUGGAGUAGAACUGCAGACUAUGACUUAUUUACCAACUACAAGAUAUAUCGACACAGCUAUCCAAAGUCGAGAGCAUUUCUUAUUGACCCUCAUUCGGUAUGGCGUCUUUGGCAAAGUUUACAAACUUUUGUUGGAAGUCGCCCCAUUCGUAGAAAUCCACCAAGCUCAGGCUUCAUAGGACUGGCUUUGUUAUUGCCUUAUUGUCCACACAUAGAUUUUAUUGAAUAUGUACCUUCAACUCGUCUAAAUGGUCGAUGUCACUACUAUAGUAAAGAGAUGAAUUCGGCUUGUACUUUCGGUGCAUGGCAUCCAUUGGCUGCUGAAAAGUUGAUGGCUCUCGAUAUGAAUUUAGCAGAUGAUAUAUCCGUUUACCAACAUGGAAUUUUACGCAUUCGCCGACCAGACAAAUUACUUUGCGGAUUUAAUUUUUUGGGAUAUUAAAACAAGGGUCAAUUUAACCAACAAUAAAUUGUUCGAAAUUUUAACAGAAUAGAUUAAAAUGUGUGUACUUUCAACAAUUGCAACAGACCGUCGGGUAUAGAACGGAAGCACUGAAUGAAUAUAGCGUGAGUUUCUUUGGCUUUUCGGAAAAAGAAAAUAACAGAAGCUAACACCAAUUAUAACUUCGUUUGAAUAUUCCUAGUUCAUAUUAGUACUCUAAUUCAGAAACAGUUAUUCAUUAUAUUUCAUUAUUAUAAAAUAAACUAAAGUUAAAUGAA